CCUACAGGACAGAUGUUCAUCAUCAGGUAGAAACAAGCUGUACUGUUACCCUACAGGACAGAUGUUCAUCAUAUUGUAUUUUUAUUAUUGUGUCCCAGAUCCUGAAUCCUCCUCCGUCCCCGGCGACGGUCCGGUCCCAGUACACCAUGGAGUUCGGUUAUUCCUCCAACAGUCCCUCGACCCACCGCUCCUACAGCUACCGGCCCUACACCUACCGCCACUUCGCCCCCCCCACCACCCCCUGCAGCACCGACGUGUGCGACAGCGACUACACGCCGGGCCGCCGGGCGCCGCUGAAGGCCGCCGGCGCCGCGGUCGCCAAGGGUUACGCCAGCGACCUGAACUACGACUCGGAGCCGUUCCCGCCGCCGCCCACGCCGCGCAGCCAGUACCUGUCGGCCGAGGAGAACUGCGAGAGCUGCCCCCCCUCGCCCUUCACCGAGCGCAGCUACUCGCACCACCUGUACCCGCCCCCCCCCUCGCCGUGCACGGACUCCUCCUGAGCCCCCCCCCACGCCCCCCCACUGUAAAUAGCUAUUGUGCAUAUAUGAGGUUUUACAAACAGGAAACUGCGGGAAGCGGAAACAAAAUGGCCGCCGCAGAACAUUUGUACAUUGAAAAAGAGAAAAGCAUAUUUAUAUAUUUUCUAUACAGUGACGCCGUAGACGUUUGUAUUAAGAAAUUUGUACAUUUUUUUAAGAAAAAGAUUUUUAUUAAAAAUCAUCACAAAUAUAAGUUGCCUUAAAGCGGGACAGAGGACGAGAGGCUGAAGGACAGAAAGACUGAGACGACUUAUCUGAAGCCAAAUAUGAGACACAGCAACAGGAAGAGGAGGAAGAGGAGGAG